GCCGCCGUAAGCACGUUAGUAGUGAAUGAGCCUCAGUGUUUGGUUUGGGUUUUGACAAGUUUCCCUGCUCGACCAUGGGGGCAGAGUGAGAGUAGUUAGCACACACAUCGAUAAGAAGUUGCGGCUCACUUCACGCGUGUUUCAGGUGAACUCGGGGGAAUCUGACGCUCUGGCAGAUGUAGGGACGUGAGAAGUGUCCCGAUUUCCUUUUUUUUUUAAACCCCCCCCCCUCUCUCUCUGUCUCUCUUUGAGCGAUUCGACAGCCAAGUGAAGUCUACAUCGGAAAGCCAGACACCGGAGUGAAGAUGAACAGCCUGUCUUUUGACGAUCCCUCGCUGGAUAACCUGGAUCCAACGCUGUCGCUCAAUGACCCCAGCGAUAUUGACACGGCCCUGUUAAGCGACAUUGACGACAUGCUACAGCUCAUCAGCAACCAGGACAUGGAGUUCGGAGGGCUGUUUGAUAACCCUCCGUACACCGGGCCCCCUCCUACCCAAGAGCUUCCUCCUUUGACCCAGACCAUCACCUCACCUGCCCCUCCAGCCACCACUACCACAUCUCCAUCUUCAACUCCCUCUUCCAUCCUAAGCAGUAGCCCCCACCUGGAUGCACUCUUGGGCCCUCCCAUCACUCGUAGUUCCUCCACCCCAGACAAGACCUUCCAGCCUCCCACCUUCCAACAGUCCCCCCUGGCCCAGAUGCCGAGCUCCACCCAGAGGCAGCAGCCCGCCUCCCCGCAGCAGGCUCAGACCCUCAGACAGCCCCAGGUGGAGCAGCCCCAACCCAUUCUCAGCCCAUCUGCCCCAGCCCAGGCAGCUUCGCCUCAUGGCUCACCAGGACCGAACCCAGCUUUCAGCUCCACACCCCAGGCUCUCUUCACCUCACCUGCACCCCAGACCCCACCUCAGCCCCAGCCCCAGCCCCAGCCCAAGCCACUUGCACAACUUCAGGCCCAGGCUCAGCCCCAACAGGUGCGGACCAGCUAUAGCGCCCAGAACAGCUUCACAGCUGUCACUCCUGGCAGCGUGAGCCAACCCACCACCAGCUUGUCAUCCUCACCUCCAAGUGUUCAGCCGGUGACCAUUCAGACUCAGAUCCAAGGACUGACCACCACUUCUCCUCUCCUGGCCACGACAGCAAGCCCAACAGCGCAAACCAUCACAUCCCACGUACAGCAAGUACCUGUGUUGCUGCAGCCACAGUUCAUCAAGGCUGAGUCUCUGCUGCUGACCACUCUGAAGCAUGACCCUUGCAUUGUCACUACUGUGUCCUCUCCCACAUCCCUGGCCACCACCACCCAAGCGCAGAGCACUUCAUUGCAGGCUUUUAUGAACGGUGGCACCAUCCUGACCACAGUGCCCGUCAUGGUGGACACUGACAAGCUGCCCAUUAACCGCAUCGCCAUCAGCGGCAAGCUGGCUGGCCAGCCACACAAGGGAGAGAAGCGCACGGCCCACAACGCCAUCGAGAAGCGCUACCGCUCCUCAAUUAAUGACAAAAUCAUCGAGCUCAAAGAUCUGGUGGCUGGCACGGAGGCCAAGCUCAACAAGUCUGCAGUGCUGAGGAAAGCCAUCGACUACAUCCGAUACCUGCAGCAGACCAACCAGAAACUCAAACAGGAGAAUAUGGCUUUUAAAAUGGCAGCCCAGAAAAACAAGUCUCUUAAGGACCUGGUUGCCAUGGAGGUGGAUGGACCAGCUGAUGUGAAGAACGAGCUGCCCACCCCGCCAGCCUCUGAUGUGGGCUCCCCCACCUCUUUCUCGCACUGUGGCAGUGACUCUGAGCCUGACAGUCCGAUGGUAGAGGACACCAAGCCCAAUGUAGGCAUUUCAGACAGACCGGCAGCAGGAGGUAGUGCUGGAGGCAUGUUAGAUCGUUCUCGCAUGGCGUUGUGCGCCUUCACCUUCCUCUUCCUCUCCCUCAACCCUCUGGCCGCCCUGCUCUGCUCAUCUGGCAGCAGCUCAGCUGACAGCACCGCAGCCACUGCCACCCAUCACGCAGGAAGGAGUGUCCUGGGUGUGGAUAUUGCAGCGGACUCGUGGGGCUGGAUGGACUGGAUGCUGCCAACCAUACUGGUGUGGCUCCUGAACGGUGUUCUGGUGUCAGGGGUUCUGAUCCGGCUUUUGGUGUAUGGAGAACCUGUAACCAGACCGCACUCUGGAUCCUCUGUCUUGUUCUGGAGGCACCGCAAGCAGGCUGACCUAGACCUAGCUAGAGGAGAUUUUGCUCAGGCCAGUCAGAACCUGUGGACCUGUCUAAAGGCUCUUGGUCGUCCCUUACCCACCUCCCAGUUGGACCUGGCCUGUGCUGCCCUCUGGUCCCUGCUAAGAUUCUGCCUCCAGCGCCUCUGGGUGGGCCGUUGGCUGGCUGCCCGGGCUGGAGGGCUGCGAUCUGAUCGCCCCCUGCAGGAGGAUGCCUGCAAGAGCAGCCGUGAUGCUGCACUGGUUUACCACCGCCUGCACCAGCUACACAUGACAGGUAAGCUGAAUGGUAGCCACCUGUCAGCAGUGCACAUGGCUCUAAGUGCGGUGAACCUGGCAGAGUGUGCUGGCUCCUGUCUGCCUGUUGCCUCUCUAGCUGAGGUCUACGUCUCUGCAGCUCUACGGGUCAAAGCCAGCCUGCCAAGGAUCCUGCAUUUUACCUCUCGUGUGUUCCUGAGCAGUGCCCGCCAGGCGUGCCUGUCAUCUAGUGGCAGCGUGCCUCCAGCUAUGCAGUGGCUCUGUCACCCACUAGGUCACCGCUUCUUUGUGGAUGGGGACUGGGCCAUUCGCAGCACUCCUAAAGAAAGCAUCUACAGCCAGGCUGGAAAUACUGUGGAUCCUCUGGCCCAGGUGACUCAGGCUUUCAGAGAACACCUCCUGGAGAAGGCCCUGUAUUGUGUGGCCCAGCCUUGUGGAGAGAAAAGCCCCAGCCAGGGCGAGGGGGAAUACGCUGAUGCCCUGGAGUACCUCCAGCUGUUGAUUAGUGCAUCAGAUGCAGCCGGUGCAGCCUCCCAGUCCUUUGCUAUCGGCUCCAACAUGGCUACUGUGACUGGCUGUGACCCCCACUCCAAGUGGUGGUCCUCGGUUGCUGUGGUGAUCAUCAACUGGCUCCAAGGAGAUGACGCUGCGGCGGAAAGACUGUAUCCCACCGUUGAGCACUUGCCCCGAAGUCUGCAGAACGCAGAGAGUCUUCUGCCCAAGGCGUGUCUGAACACAUUCAGAGCGGUGCGGGCUCUGCUGUCCAAGCCAGAAAACUGCCAGCUGAGUCUGAGCUACAGCGACAAGGCCAGCGCCCUGCUCCGAGACAGCCUCAACCUAGGACCACACUGCCACAGCUCCAGUUUAGACAAGGUCGUCCAGUUGCUUUUGGGGGAUCUCCUUUUGGUAAUGAGGACUAAUGUGUGGCGUCUGCAGCAACAGGGGGCUGGUCCUGCGGGGUCAGGGUUGGUGGGUAACAGCGGCCCUGCGGGGGUCCACCAGGCCUCCCCACCGGAGCUCCAAGGCUUCCAGCAAGAUCUAAGCUCCUUACGCAAACUGGCGCACAGCUUCAGGCCUGCAAUGCGGAGAUUGUUCCUUCAUGAAGCUACAGCCAGGCUGAUGGCAGGGGCCAGCCCCACUCGCACACAUCAGCUCCUGGAUCGCUCGCUGCGACGCAGAGCAACGCCUGGAGCCAAAACAGAGGAGUGUGAGACGCGACCAGGCCAGCGGGAGCAGGCGGAGGCUGUGAUGCUGGCGUGCCGCUACCUUCCUCCCUCCUUCCUGUCGGCUCCCGGCCAAAGGGUGGGCAUGCUGGCGGAUGCAGCCCGCACCCUGGAGAAGCUGGGAGACAAGAGGACCCUCCACGACUGCCAGCAAAUGAUCAUCAAGCUGGGAAGCGGCACCACCGUCACCAACAGCUAGAGAGAAGGGACAAAGGGGGGUGGGGGGCGAUGCUGAGAGACAUGCAUGGACACUGUAUAUAGAAAAAUCUUUGACAUACAAAAAAAAAAACGGAAAAGAAAAACCAUACAGUCUCUGGCAUUUUGGCGUGCAGCUAUUGAACAGAUUUAUUCAACUAUACAGAUUCAUAUCAGACUGUCAGGAUCUGUCUUCAUGGAUUGUCCCUCCCACCACCCCAACCCCACAUCAGGAGGCACUUGUUGAGUUCACACUCUUGUUGCUGUGGAUCAUUACCAGAAUAUAAGAAGCACUUUUCGCAUACCGGGCUGAAUCCCCUUGCGAGAAUGCAUUGCAGUGCCACAGUUUGUCCACAGAGAGGAGCCAUCACAGUUCUGUGUGAAUGAUGUGUGUGUGUCUGCGUGCGUGUGUGCGUGUGUUUGCAGCAUGAGAGAGAUAUUUGCCCUGCGUUUAUUCCAUAUAGUCCCACCCCAGAUCUUUCCGACAUAGAUGCACCUUCUACAGGCAGGAGUGCUCAGUGGGUUGGCGGUGGCGGGCUUCUCUGAUUGGCUGCAGAGUGAGGUGUCUCUGGAAAAAAACGACCAAACUCGGAUUGCUCCGACUGUGGGCUUGUUCAGUGGGGAGCCACUCCGCAGGUGGUUCACACAGUUGAUUUGAAUCAUGUUUCACUGGUGAUAAUCCGAGGCGAGGCGAGCCACUGCACAAGCUCUGUGUCUUUAUCUGCACUAGCCCUGUGAGGCUGAAUUCAAUGAGAUGAGUAAUAAUAUGGCUUUAUGAGGUUAUUUUCAUAGGUCUUUUUUUCUUUUUUCUUUUUUUUUGCUGUGUACAUAUUUUAAAAUGUAUUUAUAAUCUGUAUGAACUUUGAUUACGCAGUAUUUCGCAUAAGCAGAGUGAUAAAUGCUUAUUUUCUUCCCCUAAACUAUUCGGAAGCUUUUGACCAGGCCCAAAUAAUGCUGUUACUGUAUGCCAUGUAAUGCCAUGGCAGCGAGUGUCAAAACGGGGACAGUAUCAAGUUAUUUGCGUCACAUGGUCUGACUCAGUUGACCUUUUGCACUGUUGCACACGUACGCAACUAUGGUGGCAAAAAAAAUUGGCAGCGCCCAAUUCUGGCACUACCGACUGACAACUCAGACUCUUGACAAGAACCUUUGGCACUUUUUGCAACACGUUACAUAAUUCAUGCAGCCAAUUUAAAAAUAAUUGACCGUUAUUAUUUCCAAAGAGAGCCUGUAGUGAGACUUCUGGUUUUCCUUUGUAGCUCCAACAUAAAGAGCAAUACUUGCUCUUUCAGUCACUAUAGUUCAUACUCCUGGAGAAACACAGGUAAUUGAUUUGUAGAGAACUGUUAAAAAAAAAAACUUUGGCAUGUGUUUUUUUGUCCGAGGACCAGUAUGUUUUUAUAGUGUGUCACUAUUCUAAUGUGAAAGACUGAAAGACUUUGCAUUGAGAUGAAUGAGACCCAGCCAUGUCUAAAGGUAUUCAUGUGUUCUUUAACUGACAUCUUUUCAUCUCUUCCUUGUUCUUUGGUUUCAUCCUUUUAUGAUGUAAAUAUUAAAGCAUUUUGUAAAGAAGA